AUGGAAAUGCAGAAGAAAAUCAUGGCGACAGAAGACCGACUUAGCGAUUUGCCCGAGCCAAUUCUAAUUCACAUUCUCUCUAAGUUGUGGGAUGACAAUAAAGCAAUUAUGAGGACCAGUGUGUUGUCUACACGAUGGAGGUUUCUUUGGAAGUCCGUUCCAGUGUCACUCCAUUUCAUGUUCCCCGAGAACCGCAACAACGACGAAGAAAGUCUUAAUUUCGUGGAUUCCAUCAAUAGGGAGCAUCACUAUUGGAGGUCUUGUGAGAAAAUCCAAACAUUCAAGGUAAGGAACUUUAGGUACAGCGAGCAGUAUGUUAAAGAUGUUGAUUCAUGGGUACAUUUUGCAACUAAAAUUUCUAAUGUUGAAAGUUUUACACUUGAUUUUUAUUGUAUAUCGAGUUAUGAGUUUCCUCAGUUCGCAUAUAAGAAUACAUCGUUGAGAAAUUUGGUUUUAGGCGGCUGCAAACUGAACCCUUCUAAUAGUCAUUUUAGGAGAAAUCUCGUUUCUCUUUCUGUUGGAUCCCUGAUUUUGAAAGAAAGUGUAAUACACAACAUAUUAUCUGGUUGCCCUAACUUAGAGUGCUUGGAAUUAGAUGAAUUUUUGGGCAUCCAUCGUUUGGAAAUCAGCAAUGUCAAGCUGAGAAAAUUGAUCAUAAAAGACUACUACAAUGAGAAUCAUGACCUUCGGCUUGAAAUAUUAGCCCCCUUUAUUCAAACUUUACAACUUUUGGGGCAAUGCGGUGAGAUACACCUGCCGCGUGGAAAUGUGCCUGCAGUUGUCACUGCAGUCCUUUGUUUAGAUAUUGUUUUCAACGAGGAAGACGAUAGUGAAGAUGAUGAUGAUGAAGGAGACUACAGCUUGGAGAAGCAGUAUAGGAAUAUGAAGGAACUUCUCCACAGUGUUGCCCAUGUCGAGAAUCUUGAAUUGAGUACCUGGUGCAUCGAGGUUUAUUCAUACUCUUCAUUAUCCAAAAUUCUCUCUUUUUUUUUUUUCUUUUUUGGAAUUUUUUAUUUGCUAUUGAAUCAUCAGUUUAGGAACACUAACAUCCACUACUUAAGAUAAUCUGAUAAUAAAGAAUUACAUUAUCAUGAGUCAUGGCCAACAUGUUUGAACAUGAGACUGAAACAAGACCUUUUGAACAGAACUUUCAAUGAUGAACUGUGAGAAUAAAGAGUUUGCAAUUGACAGAACAACAUAUAAAAUUUGGAUUGAUUUACAUUGAUCAUACUCUUUAAGUCAUGUGAAUGGGUUUCCCCAUUCUUAAAGUUCAUCUUUAGACAGGAGCUCUUUGUUAUGUACUGCAUUUUGCAUCCUCUGGUUGUUGUUGACUGAAUUUCUACUUUUUCCUGGUUAAAAGAAAACUCCAUCUUUGGAUUUCCAUACCAACCUUGAACACUUUUAUGUGCAAAACAGUCUUAUAGUCCAAGCUGUUCAUUUGUUAAGUAUGUUGCAUUUCCUUGUUAUGACAUAUUUUGGUUUGUCUAUUUGGUUUACAAGUGCAUGUCAAUACUGGAAUCGAAAGGGUGGCAGCCUCCACCAUCAAGCCGGAAAUUUUUAAAACUUAAUGCAGCCAUAGUACCAUUGGACUUCCCUAGAUUUUGCAGCUUUCUACAGAGUUCAUCAGAUCUUGAGACAUUGGUCAUUGACUGGAAAUCAAGAGUAAGUUCCCUUUAUACCUUCGUUGUUGUUACUUCAUGUUAUCAAUAUCAAAUAAUUAUGAGUGGGAGAAGAAUACAAUAUAUAUCAACA